ACAUGCCCUGUCACAGUCACCGCACACUGGACCAAGUCCACGGCCUGCGGCCGAACUCCGCCGUGUCGCUUAGUUCGUCAUACCACUGCAAACUGCCUCGUUCUCUCCGCGCUCCGGUCUCCCCAGUCCACGCCGCACAGGCUGGGAGAGCUCGAAUUCCCUCCCGCCUCGCCUCGCCUCGUCCCGGAGAAGGCUAGCUGCCCGGCGAUCCGAGCGCGGCGCCCAUGGCGUUCGACAAGAUCCAGGUCGCCAACCCCAUCGUCGAGAUGGAUGGUGAUGAGAUGACACGAAUUAUAUGGGAAUGGAUCAAAGAUAAGCUUAUAUUUCCUUUCCUGGACUUGGAUAUAAAAUACUUUGACUUAGGUCUACCUAACCGUGAUGCUACUGGGGAUAAAGUAACGAUAGAAAGUGCAGAAGCUACCCUAAAGUAUAACGUGGCCAUCAAAUGCGCAACUGUCACCCCAGAUGAAGGACGCGUAAAAGAGUUUAAUUUAAAAGCUAUGUGGAGGAGUCCAAAUGGGACAAUAAGGAACAUCUUAAAUGGAACUGUUUUCCGAGAACCAAUCAUCUGCAAGAAUGUUCCUCGGCUUGUGCCUGGUAUGGUGGCUGUACUGCAGUGCUGCACACACCAAUACUUGGAGCUUGUUGAUGUUUAUGCUACAUAUCUUAUUCUGACAGGAUGGACAAAACCCAUAUGCAUUGGCAGACAUGCUUUUGGUGAUCAAUAUCGAGCAACAGAUACAAUCAUUAGAGGGCCAGGGAAGCUCAAGUUGAUAUUUGAUGGCAUAGAGGAACAAAUAGAGUUGGAUGUGUUCAACUUUAGUGGUGCUGGUGGAGUAGCAUUGUCUAUGUAUAACACUGAUGAGUCAAUUCGGGCAUUUGCUGAAGCUUCGAUGAAUGUGGCUUACCAGAAAAGAUGGCCACUUUAUCUUAGUACCAAGAACACAAUCCUGAAAAAAUAUGACGGAAGGUUUAAAGACAUAUUCCAAGAAAAUUAUGAAACAAAUUGGAGAGGCAGGUUUGAGGAUGCAGGAAUAUGGUAUGAACAUAGACUGAUCGAUGAUAUGGUGGCCUAUGCCCUAAAGAGUGAAGGUGGCUAUGUUUGGGCUUGCAAGAAUUAUGAUGGAGAUGUGCAGAGCGAUCUAGUUGCUCAAGGUUUUGGAUCGUUAGGUCUCAUGACAUCGGUUCUGGUGUGCCCUGACGGUAGAACAGUUGAAGCUGAAGCUGCACACGGUACAGUCACACGACAUUACAGAGUCCACCAAAAGGGAGGCGAAACUAGCACAAACAGCAUUGCGUCAAUCUUUGCGUGGUCUACUGGAUUAGCACAUAGGGCAAAGCUCGAUGACAACAAAAGACUGUUGGAUUUCACACAAAAACUUGAAGCUGCUUGUGUGGGAACAGUGGAAUCUGGAAAGAUGACAAAGGAUCUGGCUCUUCUCAUACACGGACCAACUGUUAGCCGUGAUAAGUAUCUGAACACCAUGGAGUUCAUUGAUGCGGUUGCUGAGGAGUUGAGGACAAGAUUGUCCGCAAAAUCGAAGUUAUGAAGGUACUACAAGUCUACAAGAGUGAAUAGGACAAGGGACUUGUUAGGAUCCUAUAAUACAAGGUUUACAUUUGUACUAUGAAUAACAGCGUGGGCAACGUGCCUUCCCUACAGUGCUCAAAUAGAGCCUCUGGUGACAGUCUGAAUGCACCUCCGAACAAUGAAGGAAGAUGCUGUCUAGCUCGAAAAUAAGUAGGCUCUUUUUUUAUCGGAUUCGUGGUGAUGAUCGAGUCAUUUCAUUUAGCACUUUGGAUAGUGAUGUCCAAAUCAAGUUGGGCUUCUUACACCUACACACCCGAAGUGGUGUUUGUACCAAACAAAUAAGCUACUGUACUUUAUUUAAACAUUGUAAUGCCACUACAUGAAGUCAAAAGCCAAUUUGAAAUCUGAA